CAGCACCUUGAGUCAGCUGGCAGUGACGAGGCAGACCAAACAACAUAGGCCGCACCGCAUCACCCACGGCACUGCAGAAACCGCUCGGAUUGCAGUGAGGCUACCGAAGCACAGGAUAUCGGUGUGAGGGCACAGCAGGCAGGGGAAUAGUAAGGAAAGCAGCCCAGUGUGUGGCGUGAAGGUGUCUGAUGAGCGCCGUGGCCCAACCCAACCUGGAGGAUGAGCUGCUACUGGUGGAACGAGUCUUCCUUCGCAUUGGUUCAGCUGCCACCGAUGAUGCUCUGCAGGAGGAACUGCACAAGUUCUUGGCCCCCGUCAUCCUCAAACUGGCCUCCCCCCAUGAAUCUGUCAGGAAGAAGGUAAUGGAAUUAUUGAUUCAUGUGAAUCGUCGUGUUAAGGACCAUGAGCACAUCCAGCUGCCAGUGGAAGCCUUGAUGACCCAGUACCAAGACCCUGGUGCUACUUCCUUUGUGACAAAUUUCUCUAUCAUCUACAUAAAGAUGGGCUAUCCAAGGCUGGAUAUCAACAAACAGGUGGAGCUGCUUCCCUUGAUGCUGAAUUGCUUGGAGAACAAACCAGCACAACACCAAGAUGGUUUGCUGCUGCUUAUGGUGCCUGUUUUUGGUCACAUGAAGUUUCCAGAUACAGCUGAAAAGACUGCCUCCCUCUUUGGUCUGCGUGACAAGCCUGCAGUGGCCAAACUGUUGCUUGACUUCAUGUUGGAUCUUUUGCUGCUGCCAUAUGGUGCCACUCCACUGUCUCAGCUGAGGACUGCAGACACUCCUCAGGACAACAGUGAUGGGCCACCUGUGCCUGGUGUGCCUGCAGGGAUGAGUUUCUAUACAUUCAAAAGGGUAACUGGUGACUUGCCACCAAAACCAGAAGACUUAGAAAAGCUGAAAGUCUGUGUUGUCAAGUUCCUGAGUUCUGAUGUGCUGCCUCCCUCAUCCGUUGCUCUGCCUCUGAUCAUUGGUGCAGCAGAUACUAGAUUUUCUGUGGCCAAUGCAGCAGAAUUACAUCUCAGAAGGAUUGAUGGAAGUAUUGACUGGGAUGCCAAUCCUAUUAUUGCUCCACUGUAUGUUCUGUUCUUAGGAACAUUGAUACCAAAGGACAGAAUUGCACAAGACAAAUUUAAAAAUCCUGGAAACACAAGAAUCCGACUCAAGCUAAUGCCUUACUUUCUAAAGUCAAAAGAAGCUUGCAAUUAUGCACCACUUGCCCUGAAGGUAUUUUUUGAAUGUCUGUGGGGUCAGAACACCAAUGCAAAGUUGAAGCAGCAUGGUGUUACAUUCCUCCACCACAUGGCUUUCAAUGCUGACAAGGAGAAACUGUCACCUGUUGGAAGUGUCCUGUUUGGAGGAGUGGUGAAAGUCAUUGAAGAGGAAAAGUGUGAUGCCAGACUUAGAUCCCUGGCAUAUGGAGCUCUGGCAAAGCUGUCUGUUAAGCUACCCAAUCUUCUCCUUUCCCAUCCUUCACAGCUUCAUUACCUUCAGACCUUGAUGAAUGCUCUUACUCAGGAAGAAGGUGAUGUACUAUUAGCUGUCCAGGAAGCUUUGUCUAUGGUGGCUCCUGUGUGUAAGCAGCUGAGUACUACAAGCCAAGAUGAGCUCUGCAUUCUUUUAUCAGAGCAUGUCUUGCACCACAAUGCACAGUUGAGACGUACUGCUGUUCACUAUGCUGCAUCAGUGUUUCCUCAAGACCAUGUCCCAUCUCGUUUCAUUUUAAUGGUGGCCACGGGAGAUUCUCAUGAUGACAUUCGAUUGGAGUCACGACGGCAGCUUUACAAGCCAGUUAAGGAAGCUAAAGAUGGCACUCCAACCUAUCAUGCUCCACCAUUCACUGCAGUAAUCAAAUAUGUCAUGGAACGUGUUGAUGCUCUCCCAAGAAGAAAAUGGCUUGAUGUUGCCAACCAGCCUGUCCCUUUCUCUAUACCAAUUAUGGAACAGAUUUUGAGAUAUUUGGAACAUUGUCUGGAAGUAGAGGCUGGAAAACAAAGUGGAAGAGAAGAAGGCUUGUUUUGGUCUGAUUCACCAGCUGUUGGAAAACUUGUAAAGAAGAUCAUCAAUGAACAUGAAUAUAAAGUUUCUUCAGGGACACAAGAGAAGAGUCCAAACCCUUUCAUGAGAUACAUUGGGUUUGCUGAGCUUGCUGCCAAUGCCUGGUCUGCAGUGGCCAUGGAAUCUAUCCUGAGGGUGGUGGCCAUUGCUCCUGACCAAUUAUCUAAACACUAUACCUUGAAAAUGGAUUGGAUAAAGAAAUUUAUACUAAGAAGUGGUUAUUGUGGAACAGUAGCAGCUCACCUGUUUGGAGUUGUUGCCGGUCAGGUGCAAAACCAGCAAGAGUUUGAAAAAAUUGUCCAACAAGUUACUAAUAUAAAGAAUUUGCGGGUGGACAGUCAGGAGUGCAGUGUGCUGGCGCUGGGCCACAGCUACUCGUACAGUAUCAAUAACAUGAAGAAGAUGGGCGUGCUCCUGGAGGACUGGCCUGCCUAUGAAUCUGUUGUUCAGGAAUUGGUUAAAAAGCUGCUGUUUGAGAACAGUCCCAUUCAGAAUGCCCUUGUGUUGGGUGGGGAGAUGGCUCGGCAGGGUCCUCUUCCACUGCCUGCCGGGACAGAAGAGUCUGGUGAUAAAGACGUCACUUUGCUUGCCCUUGUGCAAACUCUUAUUAAGAUAUUCAACAACAAGAAGCUUCCAUCCAAAGUUCGUGAACAGGCUAUCUCUACUUGUGGGUAUCUGUGUGUGGGGCAGCCAGAAAUUUCCCACAAAAAGAAAAUUUUAGAAGCUUUCUUGGCAUUAGCAAAGGAGACCAAUGAAGUUGAAGUUCAUUUUGCUGUGGGUGAGUCAUUAGCUGACUGUUCUCUUGGCACUGAAUCUCCAUCAGCAAGAAACUUGUGGACAGAUGAAGAUCCCUCCUUAGUGGAGGCAAGUAAAGUGGCAGAUGAAAAUAUGGAGGAGGGUACCAGUGAUGAGAAGGAAAAGGACACAGAUGAGGCAAUGGAGAAGGACUACAUUGCCCCUGAAGGUGCUUCAACCCAACCUGAAGAAGCCAUGGAUACAAGUGAAGGUGGUACAGCUAGUGAUGAGAAGACUGAAGACCCUGAGGCAGAGGUGUUGACAUGGUUACUUGGACAGCUCUUGGACAAUUAUGUUCCUCAGACUCACCCAAAUGUUCGGCAGGCCUCAUGUAUUUGGCUGCUUGCUUUGCUCAAGAGGUGCCGCAGAAAGCCAAUAAUUCAGCAGAAAUUGACCAGGAUCCAAGUAGCAUUUAUGAAUCUUUUGGGUGACAACAAUGACUUGGUUCAAGAUGCCGCCUCCAAGGGCUUGGGUGUGGUGUAUGAGUGCUGCUCUGAGGCCACCAGGCAGUCCAUGGUGGAGAGUCUGGUUCAGACUUUGACAGAAGGAAAGCGCAGCAUUCAGAAUGUCACUCAGGACACACAGAUCUUCAAAGAGGGAGAGUUGGGUGCAGCACCAUCAGGAGGUCAACUGUCAACAUAUCGGGAGUUGUGUUCCUUGGCCACUGAUCUCAACCAGCCAGAUCUAAUCUACAAGUUCAUGAACCUGGCAAAUCAUAAUGCUGUGUGGAACUCCAGGAAGGGAGCUGCCUUUGGCUUCAGCACCCUCGCCUCUCAAGCAGGCUCUCAACUUGAGCCUUACUUGCCUCAGAUAAUUCCAAAGCUCUUCAGAUACCAGCAUGAUCCAACACCAAAGAUCCAGCAACCUAUGUCUUCUAUCUGGAAUGCUCUAGUCACAGACACUGCAAAAACUGUAGAAAAAUAUUAUCACCCAAUCCUGAAUGAUCUUAUAAAUAACCUAACACAUAAUUUGUGGAGAGUUCGUGAGUCGUGCUGUAAUGCUCUUUCGGAUCUUUUGCGGAGACAACCUGCCUCAUCUGCUGUUGAUAGGAUAAGUGAAAUAUGGGCUAUACUCUUCCGAGUCCGUGAUGACAUCAAGGAAUCUGUUAGAUUGGCUUCAGAUAAAACAUUACAGGCAUUAAGUAAAAGUUGCAUUAAGGUGUGUGAAAGUUCUGGUGAAGAGAGUGAAAAGAUGCUAAAAGAAGUAUUGCCAACCCUUCUGACAUCGGGUAUCACCAGUACAGUGAAUGAAGUCAGAAGUAUCAGUCUGCAAACUGUAUCUAAGUUGUGUCGAUCAGGGGGAGCAAUGGUGAAGCCUCACCUGGGUACUCUUAUCCCAGCCCUUCUGGAAGCACUCUCAGGUCUAGAAUCUCAGGCUCUUAGUUACACAUCUGUGAGAUUAAAUGAAGAUGACAGGGAGAAGUUGGAUAUUGCAAGAGUUGCAGCUGCACGAAGUACUCCGAUGAUGGACACUUUGAAUUAUGUUUUGCAAUACGUUGAUGUGGAUGCUAUGGAAAAGUUAAUUGGAGGUCUGAUUGAUGUGCUUAGAAGUUCCAUUGGUCUUGCCAGUCGAGCAGGUGCUGCUCAUGUUGUGGAGACAUUGACCCAUACUUGCCCAGCUUGUCUUGAAAAAUACACUGGAAAACUCCUUGCAGCACUUGUUAAUGGACUGAGUGACAGAAAUCCAGUGGUAAGAAAGCUAUAUGCCAAUGCUAUAGGUAAUCUUGUCAAAACUGCAAAAACCUCAAGUAUAGAGAAACUUCUUACAAAGCUGCAGUCAUGGUAUCUAGAAAAAGAAGAGGACAGCAUUAGAAUCAGUGCUGCUCUCACCAUUCGAAGUAUGCACUCCCAACACAGUGACAUUAUGAAGCAGCAUGCAAGUCAAGCUAUGCCUCUAGCAUUUUUGGGCAUGCAUGCAGAAAAAACUGCAGAUAAUGACCCUAGUGGUGCUGCAAUAUGGGAGGAAAUCUGGUCUGACAAUACUCCAGGAACAGAAUCUGCUGUGAAGCUUUACUUGACUGAGAUUAUCAACAUCUGUGAACAGGCUCUGCAGAGCAAUAAUUGGUCAAUGAAAGCACAAACAGGAAGAGCCCUGUCCACAGUUUCUCAGAAGUUAGGGUCAAGUAUGAAUGAUGCUCUUGUUGUAUCAUUAGUUACACUUCUCAUAAACAGUCUGCAAGGUAGGACAUGGGAAGGGAAGGAAUCAUUAGUAACAGCUCUCUCCAAUGUAUCAGUGGCCACCAAGUGUGUGUUAGCCACCUUGAAGCACCCUGACCGAGAUGAGUUGCUGAUUGAAGAAGUGGUUAAAGUCCUCACUAGAGAGGCCAGUAAGGAAAAGAUGGCUUACAAAAUUCAUGCAAUCAAGGCACUCACUACUGUUUUAGAUACAUUUCAGAUUGACAGAUUUGAACAAGUGUUUGAUAUAUGCCUCCCAUAUUUGAGACAUGACAAGCAAGACAAGGAUUUAGAAGAGGAUGAUAGCAGUAAAGCUGAAGCAUCUUUGAGAUGGGACCUCAUAGAUGAAAUGGUUCACUCCCUGGGACGUGCCUGGCCUAAUUCCAAAGAAACACAAGAAAAAUACAGUGAACGAGUUGUGGAAAUGCUGAACAGCAGUGUUUCCCGGGUACCACGCAAGACCCAGCUGAGCAUUGUCGGUGCCUUGAAGCACUUCUGGGCACGUCAUUUUCUACUUCAAGAACUUCCAUCCUCCUUGGGAAUGCCAAUCUUUGAUCCACUGUUACAUCAUUCCUGCCGUAUCUUCAACUAUUGUUUAGGUGUUGCCAAGUAUUACAGCCUGCGCAGGGAGUCCCUGGUCGUACUGAACGAGUUCCUGGAGAAGGUCAAAGAUAGUGAAGUGUUGGUGGUUCGGCUGCGAGUGGAGCUUCUCUCUGGAGUGGAGGAGGCUCGCAGGGAUGCCCAACCAGAUGUCCAGGCAUUGGCAACCUCUGCAAACCGAAUACUUCUUAUGGAGACAAGCGACCACAAAUAGCUAUCAAGAAAUAUAACUUAUUUUGAUGAUUGAUUAUUGAUGUUUCAGUCCAGUAGUAUUCAGUAGUAGAUAAUGCAACUUUUUUUUUUUUUUUUUUUUUUUUUUUUUUUUUUCAUACAUGAAAAGUGCAUUUUGUUUGUUACAUGUACAAUACUAAAAUAUGCAGAAUUUGUAUUCACAUACCCCAGAUUUUCAGUUUGAUAUCUGUAUCUAAUUUUUAUCUGCCUCAUUUGAUAAUGACAUGUCUUAUGUAGUAGAAGGUGAUUUAGAGAAAUUAACACAAUUAUACUUUGUGUGUUGAUGGCAAUUUGGGUUUUCCAGGAAUUGCUCAAAAAGUGUAUAUAUAUAUAUAUAUAUAUAUAUAUAUAUAUAUAUAUAUAUAUAUAUAUAUAUAUAUAUAUAUAUAUAUACACACACACAAAAGGGCUUUAUUAAUGCCCAGGUUUUGUUUGAUAAUUUUUUCAUAGCAGAAUUUCUUUAGCAGAAUUAUUUGUAUGAUUAUUAGAAAAAUAUAAACAAAUUGAGCAUUACGUAAAGAUAAAAAAAAAGAGGGUUUCAGUGGAUACUUAUUUAUUUAUAAUGCUAAUUUUACUUAGUAUUUAAAGAAAUAUGCAUAUGGCAAAAUAUUUUAUACAUAUCAAACAAAUUUGUAUGUUAUUCAUCCUCAGUUUAUUGUUUAUACUAUAUCAACUUGAGGGUAGACCUGUUACCUACAAGAAUGUGCAUGAUAGGUAAGUGCUUUCCUGCAUUUCAGGUAAACAAUAAGAUCUUUUUCCUUGUUACCUACUAUAUAUAAAUUCUUACACAUU